CGCAAAUCCGCGGGGGGAGUCAUUGAAUUUCCUAUACCAACUAACCUGUCUCUGUGGUCCUCUCCGAGGUUGCCAGCACCCCUUACCACUUAUUUCCUCUCUCUAGCCACAAAUUCACGAGCACCCGUUGAAACUAUGCCUGCGUCACACCUCUCAGAGGGCAUUCGCAUCCAGCAAAAUGGCGAGCCGCAAAACCCUCUCCGUCGCGAAGUUUCACGCAGUCUCUCCAUGUCUACCUCCCCGAACGACGCCUUCCACGUCCGCAAGGUCUCCUUUGGUGUCGACAACAUUAGUGGCACCUCUCCUAACCUCCGGCGAACAGUAACGGGCCCUCAGCCUAAGCAAUUAAAGCCCUUCCGCGAACAGGACGUCAAGAUUCUGUUAUUGGAAAAUGUCAAUCAGACAGGCAGAGAUAUCCUAAAGGGUCAAGGGUAUCAGGUCGAGUUCUUAAAGUCCAGCUUGCCCGAGGACCAGUUGAUUGAGAAGAUCAAGGAUGUACAUGUCAUCGGCAUCCGCUCCAAGACAAAGCUCACUGCCCGCGUGCUCGCAGCAGCAAAGAACCUCAUCGUGAUCGGCUGCUUCUGCAUCGGCACAAAUCAAGUCGACUUGAAAUAUGCCGCCUCCCACGGGAUCUGCGUCUUCAACUCCCCCUUCAGCAACUCCCGCUCCGUCGCCGAGCUGGUCAUCUGCGAAAUCAUCGCAUUGGCUCGCCAACUGGGCGAUCGCUCCAACGAACUGCACCGCGGAACAUGGAAUAAAGUCUCUGCGAGAUGCUGGGAGAUUCGCGGCAAGACUCUGGGCAUCAUAGGCUACGGCCACAUCGGAUCGCAGUUGUCUGUCUUGUCCGAGGCGAUGGGCAUGGACGUGAUAUACUACGACGUGGUGAACCUGAUGGGCUUGGGCACCGCACGCCAAGUGCCCACCCUGGAACAUCUACUCAAGGACGCGGACUUUGUAACGUGCCAUGUCCCGGAGCUGCCCGAGACGAUGAACAUGAUCGGCGCAAAGGAGCUGGAGACCAUGAAGAAGGGAAGCUAUCUCAUCAACGCCUCAAGGGGCUCAGUCGUCGACAUCCCCGCGCUGAUUGAUGCGAUGCGCUCGGGCCACAUCGCCGGCGCGGCCUUGGACGUGUAUCCAGCGGAGCCCGGCGGAAACGGGGACUACUUCAACAACGAGCUGAAUUCCUGGGCGGGGGACCUACAGUCCCUCAAGAACAUCAUCCUGACGCCUCACAUUGGCGGGUCGACGGAGGAAGCCCAGUCCGCGAUCGGCAUCGAGGUCGCCGAGGCACUGGUCCGCUACGUCAACGAGGGCGUCACUGUCGGCGCCGUCAACAUGCCCGAGGUCGCUUUGCGCUCCCUCACCAUGGACGAGCCCGACCACGCCCGCGUCAUCUUUAUCCAUCAAAACGUUCCCGGUGUCCUCAGGAGAGUCAACCACCUUCUGGGAGACCACAACGUCGACAAGCAGAUGACCGACAGUAGAGGCGAGGUCGCGUAUCUGAUGGCGGAUAUCAGCAACGUCAAGGAAGACCAAGUCGCCGAGCUGUACGCCGAAUUGGAGGGCGUCAAGGAGAAGAUCCUCACUAGGAUUCUCUAUUGAAGCAAUGCCCCUGGGCCCACGUUGACCUGGGCCGUGUUACUACCAACACAAAAUUCUAGAAAGUGAGCGAGUCGCUCAUUCGAUCUUCUUUUCACAGCCCCCAUCUAGCGAACGAGGGAAAGAGCAAAAAGGUUGAAAGGGAUCGAAGACUCUUCGUGUCUACAUUAUGAGUUGGGUCUACGGAAACGGACGGCUAUAAAAACGCAUCGGAGCUAAUUUGGAAAACCAAAAAAAGUAUAGAGGGAUGGAGCAUAAAAGAUGGUAAUGGAUGCGUGGCUCCAGGAAUUGUACGACAGACACGGCUUUCAACAGCCGGCUACAAACAGGGCGUUUUGAGAGAAUCGCAAAUGGAGGCGUACAUCAACGGCUUUCCAGGAUCCGAGGAUUCAACAAACGCUGGACCAUAUGCAAAUAUCGGAGCAAAGCAGAGACUGGGAGAUGGAGUGUUUGUAAAGCUCAUUGACUUCUUUCACAAAAUGUUGCUCCUCUCGUCAUCCAUUCCCCGAGCAUCCAAGGCUCAACGAUGUAUGGUCGCCCGCCUCGUCCAAUUCGAGAUGUUUCUAUGCUCGAAUUCAUAAUCCACGCGCUGAGGGAACACUUGGGCUUGUUCAGGGUCUUGUAUCGUUGCUGAGCUCUCGGGAUCCGCCUUCCACCUCUACAAGUUGUUCAUGGGCCGUUCUUGUGGCCCGCUCGCAAGGAAGGGAGCCCAUCCCCCCAAAGACUUUCCCAGACCGUAAGUGAAGUGGUUCAAACCAGGUGAUCAAGAACAAAGUUGGACACCAGACGCUUUCCGAAUUGUUCGUCACAGUGUGUAGAAGCGGUCACCGAAAUCACCGAGGCCGGGGACGAUAUAGCUAGGGCAGUCAGUUACACAACUUCUGGACAGCUUAAAAGACAGACUCACUUUUGC